GACACUCCACUUCAAUCCUCUCUGACCACACUGAUGUCCAUUAAUUCGCAGUGUCCUCAUGGCAAAAACUAAGGGCUUCUUCCAUUGCGAUUCCCUUUUCAUCGCCAGCAUCACAAAGCUGGGAUACUGGUACCGGUUCUAGUAGUACAUUUCACUUGCCAGUGGUGCAAACGAACUCCCCGUCUACGCGUGCAGUUGUAAUCCUCACCAAGACCGGUACCUUGGGUUGAACUCUGUGUUCAAUUUCCUGGAAUUGGUGCGGGCAGGGAUCUCAAGGCUUCACCUGAGAGGUGGUACCCAGCUGGUAGCAUGUGUCAGCUAGAAUAGUGCUCUCGUUGAGGCAGGUUGAGACCCAGAGCAAUGUUUGGCCAGAUACCGGACGUACCAGAUGGCCCAUCGCCCCGCCUAUCCUAUAUCUGCUCGGAGACCAGGCGGCAGGUUCCUUUUGGUUUCAACGUGUAAUCUGAGUGCUGGCUUCUAGUCGAUAUAGAGGAGCAUUACGACUCGUCGAGUUCGCGUUCUCAUGGGCCUCGAUCCUCGGUCCAAAAGCAAUACACGGUAGCGGUACGUACCGGUACAGUACCAAUACACGUGGGUCAUCAAAAGAUACGAAUCUAUCUUUUUGGUGAGAAGGCAAUGUUGCCCUGAUAGCUAGCUAGUUUUGGCCUAUCCAAAAUAUUUCCUUGCGGAUUCAGAUAGCGAUCCUGUGGAGACGAUGAUGCGUCUGUUCUUUUUUAUUGUCUGCCUUGUUGGAGCGGUGGCUGUCAAGGAGGCUUCCCAUAGUCAUCUUCGCUCCAUUACGAAAAGUGCAGCCGACCAGCUGAUCAUAUCGGGCGAGCUGAAUGGUGCCGAGAAGGACGACGAGGAAAAGCAACGAUUCCUCGAAUCUGCCGACAAACGCAAGAAGAAAAACGUGGGAUCUUCCAAUGAUCAAAGCUCUGGCAGCGACAGAGAUCGCAACGGGAGCGACCGCUCCGACGAAAGGGACAAUAGGAGGGGUGGUGAUAACGAGGAGAGGCCCGAGCGAGAAAAUGAUGAAGAGGUAGAAGAAGGUCCAGAUCGCGACGAAAGCAAUAGAAACAGGAACAGCAAUGACAAUGACAGUAGGAACGAUAAUGAGGAGCAAGCGGAGCGUGGAGGGGAGGAAGCAGCCGAAGAGCGGCCCAAGCGCAAAGAAAGGGGUGACGGCGGCAAGAGGGACGGGAAGAGCGAUGAUAGUGAUGCCAGACGCAAGAGCGAGGAUGAAAAGGAUGUCCGCGAGGACAAUCCAAAUGAAGCCGCAAAUAGAGAGGACCUGAAAGCCUUGAAGAAAAUGACGCAAGAUGCUGUCAACAGGAAGAUUCAACAGGAGGCGGAGAAGUGUAGACGACGUCGUGGACGUCUGCUCGAGAGCACCGAAAGCGGCGAUGAGGGGUUCAACCCUUUAGGAGAGGGCCAAGUGCAAGAAGGUGGAGAGACCAUGAUGGGAUAUGGCUCGGACGAAGGAAAGAAGGAUGAGGGCCCGGGUGAGACCAUGAUGGGGUACGGCUCGGAGGAAGGAAAGAGAGAGGAGGGUCCGGGUGAGACCAUGCUGGGUUAUGAUGAAGCGACCCGUAAGCGGACUGAAGAGAAGCUCAAAAAGUUUGUCGACAGAGAAGUGAAGACCAAGAUUGAUGCCGAAGUCGGUGCAAUGUGCGGUGAAUAG